AUGUUUUGUAAACUUAAAAAAAUAACAAAUUAUAAGGUUAAUUAAAAAUAUAAACUUAAUUACAAGUUUUCAUAUUAAGCUUCAUAUUAAUAAUAACCAUUAUAAAAUUACCAGGAAAAUUCAUUUAAUUAAAAUUCCCAAAAUCAAAAUACAAAUAAUAAAAAUGAAAACCAAGAAAAUAUAAAUAAUGAAACUAAAUAUGAUUAUGACGUGGCUAUUAUAGGAGGAGGAAGUGCAGGUUUAGCAUUUGCAUUUGAAGCAUAAAAAUUAGGCUUAAAAACAAUAAUAUUUGAUUAUGUAGUUCCUUCUAAGCAAGGCACUUAAUGGGGUAUUGGAGGCACAUGUGUAAAUGUAGGUUGUAUACCAAAGAGAUUAUUUCAUACUGCUUCUGUAAUAAAGGAUAAUAUUUUAAAAGCGAACGAUUUUGGGUUUUUUGAUGAUUAAAAUUUCCAAAAUAACCCUUAAGCUAUUAGCUUUAGUUGGGAAAGAUUAAUAUCUAAUAUAUAGAGUUAUAUAAGUGAUUUAAAUUACAAAUUUUUAUUUUAAUUAAAUUCAAAAGAAAUUACAUAUAUAAAUGCAUUAGCAACAUUAAAGGAUAAAAAUACGAUAUUACAUACUUAGGAUAAAAAUUAAUUAAAAAAAUGUAUAAAAAAUCAAAACUUUGAAGAAAUUAAAGACAAUAAAAUUACGGCUUAAUAUAUAGUUAUAUGUGUAGGAGGUAGACCAAAAAGCUUAAAAAUAAAUAAAAAAUAAGAAAAAAUAUAAUAAAUGAUUACUAGUGAUGAUUUAUUUUCUUUAUAAAAAAAACCUGGAAAAACUUUAAUUGUAGGAGGCGGGUACAUUGCAAUGGAAUGUGGUGGAUUUUUAAGUAAUUUAGGAAUUUAGACUACUGUAUUAACCAGAAAUGGAUGGUUAAAAGAUUUCGAUAGAGAAAUGGUAUAAGCUAUUAUUGAGAACAUGAAAGAAGUUAAAAAAGUUAAUUUUAUUGAUAAAAGUAUAAUUUAAAGUAUUUAAAAAAUAGAAAAUAAUGAAGAAAAAAUUAAUGUUUGUUAUAAAAAUUUAAAUGAUAAUAAAAUUACUUGUGAUUAAUUUGAUUUAAUAUUAUAAGCUAUUGGAAGAAAACCGAAUUCUAAAUAUUUAAAUUUGAAUAAUUUGGGAGUUUAAACUAGUUAAAAUAAAAAAAUUUUAAGUGGCAACUUUAAUAAUUAUGAAUAAACUAGUAUUCAAAAUAUUUUUGCUGUCGGAGAUAUAUUAGAAGGUGUACCUGAACUUACUUCUACAGCAUAAAUGUCAUCUAGGCUUUUAGCUCAUAGAAUUUAUGGAUAUAAAAAUAAUUUAGGAGAAGAUUAAAUGAAAAAUUAUAAAAUGAAUUAUAAAAAUACACCAACAACAUUAUUUACUCCUUUAGAAUAUAGUUUUGUUGGAAUACAUGAAGAAUAAGCUAUUUAGGAAUAUGGAAUUGAUAAUAUAGAAGUAUACCAUUAACGAUUUUUACCUUUAGAAGACUAAUUAACAAUAUCAUAAUACAAUUAAUAGUAAAAAUCAUUUAUUAAAAUAAUUUGUGAUAAAUCAAAUAAUGACAAAGUUUUAGGAAUACAUUAUUUAGGUUUAAAUGCAGGAGAAAUACUAUAAGGAUAUGUUGUUGCAUUUAACUAAAAUUUAUUCAAAAAAUAAUUAAAUUAAACUAUUACAAUACAUCCAACUUCAGCUGAAGAGAUUUUAAGUACUAAUAUAAGUAAAUCUUCAGGUGAAAAUUUCGAUAAAGAUAUGUGCUGAGCUUGAUUUAAUUUAUGUGGUAAAUUGUUAUUUUUUAUACUAAAAUAUUUUUCUUUUUUUU